AUGCAAAGAGUCAAACCUCUCCUAAAGGUCAGAGGUGAAGAACGUGAGCUCUUCAGAGACGCAAUGAAGGGUCUGCUCGUGUCUCUACUGGGCUUUCAUCUGGUCGCGGUCAUGGGGUCAGAUGUUAUACUGCCACCUAAUAUUAAUAGUGAUUUAACACGCGGGAGCUGUAUGAUAAUCUCUCUCUUCAUCAGACACUGGUGCGAGCGUGAGGUGGAGGAGAAGGUGGAGAGGUUGGUGUCCCCCCGUGUCCAGCGCGAGGUGGACUGUUCCUCCGUCUAUCAGUUCAACACUCAGGGCUGGAGGCUGGAUGUGGAGCGGAUGAGACGCCGGCACGGAGGAGACGACGGCAUCGCGCUUUAUUACAAGACACAGGGACCCAAAGCCUCCUGUUACAUAUUCAAACCUCCAGACAUUGAGACAGAGACGGUGAACCGGACGCUCAGACAGUGUUGUGAAGGCUGGGCUGGACCCGACUGCUCACAGGGGGUCGGCGCCCGGGGUCAGUGUUUCUCCACCUGGACGUGUGAGGACUUUCCAGGUCUUCAUAACACAUCUCUCAUGGCUCUGGAUCAGUGCUGUAGCAACCUGUGGGGCUUAAGCUGGAGAAACGCGUCCGAUCAGACCUGCCUGUCCUGCACAUACACGCUCCUGCCAGACAUCCGCUCCUCUCCGGUGUUUCGGGGUGUCGCUGACCCGCAGGCGUCCGGUACGUGUGUGAGCUGGGGAGGGACACACUACCGCACCUUCGACCGGAAACACUUCCACUUCCAGGGCAGCUGCACGUACCUGCUGUCCUCCUCCACCGACGGGACGUGGGCCGUGUAUACGAGCACUGACUGUGAUCCCGCGGGACGCUGCCGGAGGGGACUGCGGUUAAUGCUGGGUCUUGGCUUGGUGUUCAUACAUAAAACCAACAUGACUGUUAAUGGUUUAACACUACCACACGGUGAACCUCUCUUCCAAAACGGAGUCAGCGUUCACUGGCUGGGAGACUUCGUGUUCGUGGAGAGUGGUUUGGGUGUCCGGCUGAAGUUUGACAUGGAGAACACCAUCUAUCUGACCGUCACCGCCGAACACUUCUCUGCCACCAGAGGCCUUUGCGGCGUUUAUAACAACAACCCAGAUGACGACUUCACUAGCAGCGGUGGAAGCGUGUCUCAGUACGCUGCCAGCUUUGGAAACUCAUGGCGUGUUCAAGAUCAGCGAGGCCAGGUGUGUAGUGAUGCGGCUGAGCUGGGCCACAGCUGCGAUCUGUCCGGGGACGUCUCUCUCCGGCGGGACGCGGAAACGGCCUGUCACCGUCUCAAAGAGAGUCCGUUCUCACACUGCCAUCACCAGGUGGAUCCCGGCCCGUAUAUCGACGCGUGUCUGUACCUGUUCUGCAGUCUGGACGUGAAGGACAGAGAUGCGGCGGUGUGCGAUACGUUAGCCGGCUACGUGCGAGAGUGUGCGCAACAACACAUCGUCACCCGCUGGAGGAGCCCCGGAUUCUGCGAGCGUGUUUGUCCGAGCGGUCAGGUGUUCUCUGACUGCGUGUCGUCUUGUCCUCCCACCUGCUCGUCUCCUCGUCCUCCGGCGUCGGGUCAGUGUCGGGACGAGUGUGUGGGGGGGUGCGAGUGUCCCCCGGGUCUCUACCUUCACGGGGGUCGGUGUCUGCACCGGGACGACUGUCCCUGCUUCCACAGACGCCGCAGCUACAGAGCAGGAGACUCCAUCAGGCAGCGCUGCAACACCUGCGUGUGUCGCGCCGGUCAGUGGGAGUUCGGAGAGAGGUGCGAGGCUCAGUGCUCUGUGGUCGGGGCGAUGCACGUCACCACCUUCGAUCAGAAGAGAUACGGCCUGCGGCCCGGCGACUGCAGCUUCACCGCCGUAGAGGACUUCGUGGAUAAAAAGCUCUCGGUCAGCAUCAGCGCAGGGCCGUGUGCCGGAGGAGCUGCCGGGUGUCUGAGAGAAAUGAUGAUCACUGCGCUUCAUACCACAGUCACUGUCACAGAUACAGGUUCGGUGACGGUGAACGGCCAGCGGGAGCUCCUGCCGGUGAUCUCAGGAGAUCUGACGGUCCGAAAGGCUUCGUCCAGCGUUCUGCUGAUCCAGGCGUUCGGAGCUCAGGCGAUGUGGCACCUGGACGGGCCCCUGCUCCUCGUCACCCUGCAGCCGGGGUUCGCUCAUAAGGUUCGGGGUCUGUGCGGCACGCUGAGCUGGAGUCAGCGGGACGAUUUCACCACGCCCGAAGGGGACGUGGAGAACAGCGCGGCCUCUUUCGCUGCCAAGUACGCGAGCGGUUCGUGUGCGCUCCCCUCGGCGGCGACCUCUGACCCCUGCGGGACGCACGCGCAGCGCAGGCGGUACGCGGAGAGCGUGUGCUCCGUGAUCCACGCCGCUGUGUUUCAGGCGUGUCAUGACGUGGUGGACAGAGAGCCGUACAUGCGUCUGUGUCUCAGUGAAGCGUGCGGCUGCGGCCCGCUCAGCUCCUGUCACUGCACCGUCCUCGCCGCCUUCGCCAGACACUGCGCCCAGCAGGGGGCGCCGGUCAGCUGGAGGAACCACACGUUCUGCUCCGUGCAGUGCUCCGGAGGUCAGGUGUAUCAGGAGUGCGGGCGUCUGUGCGGGGCGUCUUGCUCGGAUCUGUGGGACGGCUGGAGCUGUGAGGAGACGGAGGUCAGCAGGGUCUGUGUGCCGGGGUGUCAGUGUCCAGACGGACUGGCUCAGGACGCCCAGGGUCAGUGCGUGCCGGUGGACAUGUGUCCCUGCAGACACACGGGACGGCUCCAUCCCGCCGGGAGCACCGUGACCGAGAACUGCAACCGCUGCGUGUGUGCUCGUGGCGUGUGGAACUGCACGGACCGGCCGUGUCCCGAGGUCAGCCGGUGCCCGGGCUCUCUGAUCUUCUCUCCUCGCUCGUGUCUGAGGACCUGCUCCGGACCCAGCUCUCCUCUGGACGCGUGCGCUGAACCCAUCCACGGCUGCGUCUGUCCCGAGGGACGCGUGCUGCUCGGGGAUGAGUGUGUAAAGCCGGACGAGUGUCCGUGUCACCACAACGGCAAGCUUUAUUUCACCAAUGACACCAUUUCUAAAGACUGCAACACUUGUGUGUGUCGCGAGCAGCGCUGGCUCUGCGGUCAGUCUCCGUGCUCUGGCACCUGCGUGGCCACCGGAGACCCUCACUACGUCACGUUCGACGGCCGCUCUUACUCGUUCCUGGGCGACUGCGAGUACGUCCUGGCUCAGGAGAGCAGCGGCGUGUUCAGCGUCAGCGCCGAGAACGUGCCCUGCGGCAGCACGGGGGUCACCUGCACCAAAUCCGUCACGCUGACCGUGGGAAACACCGCCAUACACCUGCUCCGAGGUAAAGCUGUGACGGUCAACGGGCUCCCGGUGACUCUUCCAAAGUCGUAUUCGGGCAGUGGCUUGAUUCUGGAGCGGGUCGGGUUGUUCGUGUCCCUGUCGUCUCGACUCGGAGUCAGUCUUCUCUGGGAUGGAGGAAUGCGUGUUUACGUGCGGCUCAUGCCUCACCUGCGCGGCCGAGUCGGGGGACUGUGUGGGAACUUCGACGGAGACGCGGAAAACGACUUCACCACGAGACAAGGCAUCAUGGAGUCCACUCCUGAACUGUUUGGAAACUCGUGGAAGAUCAGCCCGUCGUGUCCCGACGUCUCCGACCAGGACCUCCGUGACCCCUGCGUUGUCAACCCUCACCGGGUGACGUGGGCCAGAAAGAAGUGUGCGGUGAUCGGUCAGGACCUCUUCAGCUCGUGUCACUCAGAAGUGUCCUUCCAGCAGUACUACGACUGGUGUGUGUUUGAUGCCUGCGGGUGUGACUCCGGCGGGGACUGUGAGUGUGUGUGUACGGCCGUGGCUGCGUACGCUGAAGAGUGUAACCGUAGAGGGGUGUACGUGCGCUGGAGGUCCCAGGAGCUCUGCCCGCUGCAGUGUGAGAACGGUCUGGUGUACGAGGCCUGCGGCGCCGCCUGUUCUCCGGCGUGUCCCGGGACUCCUUCUGUCUCCGAAUCUCUCUGCGGCGCCCUCUCUUGUGUGGAGGGAUGCUUCUGUCCUAACGGCACUGUGAGACACGGCGAUGCCUGCAUCCCUCCGUCUCGGUGUCCGUGCGAGUGGGACGGCUCUCUAUUUCCCGCGGGAGCGACUGUCACUCAACUCUGUCAGAACUGCACUUGUUCGGCCGGCGAGUGGCGGUGCUCGGGCCCCCGGUGUCCCCCUCGGCCCUCGUGUGACGACUCUGAGUUCCUGUGCCCCGGCGGCUCUCAGCGCUGCAUUCCUUCGCUCUGGCUCUGUGAUAACGAGGACGACUGCGGGGACGGAUCGGACGAGGUCUGUCCCUCCACCUGUCCCCCGGACCGGUUCCGCUGCUCGUCCGGGGCCUGCGUCCCGCUGGAGCUCAGGUGCGACGGUCACCCGGACUGCGCCGACCGCUCGGACGAGGACUUCUGCGGCCCCGCGUCCCCGGAGCCCGGCUGUCCGGCCGGAGAGUUCAGGUGCGAGAACGGACGCUGUCUGGCCGCUCACAAAGCCUGCGACGGGAGGCUGGACUGCGGCUUCGCCGACGAUUCUGACGAACGAGACUGCGGGGCGCCGUGCAGACAGGACGAGUUUCGCUGUUCGGCGGGGCGGUGCGUGUUGUUCCUGCACCGCUGCGACGGUCACGAUGACUGCGGGGACUACAGCGACGAGAGAGGGUGUGUGUGCGCCGUCGGAGAGCUGCAGUGUCCCGGGGGACGGUGUGUGUCUGCGGAGAGAGUGUGUGACGGACACAGAGACUGCCCGUCCGGCGUCGACGAGCUCGUCUGUCCCGUCAAAGGAUGCAGUCAGUUUGAGUUCGGCUGCACUAGCGGUCAGUGUGUGCCGUUAGCGUGGCGCUGUGACGGAGAGACGGACUGUCUGGACGGGAGCGAUGAGAAGCGCUGUGCUCGUACGUGUCAGGCUGACCAGUUCCUCUGUCUGACCGGAGACCAGUGUGUCCAACACCAGCAGCUGUGUGACGGGACGCCCCACUGCAGAGACGCCUCGGACGAGAGCGUGGACAACUGCGGUUCCACACGUAUUCCUCCCUGUCCGGGGAGUUUCUCCUGUGAUAACCGCACGUGUGUGAACUCUUCCCGUGUGUGUAACGGAGUCCCCGACUGCCCUAAAGGAGAGGAUGAGAUACUUUGUGAUCAAGUGAGUCCCUCCUCAGCGCCACCUAGUGACGGAAACAGCAGCCGGGUCUGUCCGGAGUUCACCUGUUCUGAUGGAUCCUGUGUGCCCUUCAACACGCUGUGUAACGGUGCAGCAGACUGUCCCGGGGACGCCUCGGAUGAGACGGGCUGCGGUGUCUGGGGCCCCUGGAGCUCCUGGAGCCCAUGCAGCCGAAGCUGUGGAUCAGGAACCGUGAGCCGGCAGAGAGGCUGCAGCCUCGAGGAUACAGACGGACGCUGCAGAGGAGAGAAAAGCCAGCGACAGCAGUGCUACUCCACCGCCUGCCCCGUCGAUGGCCGCUGGCUGCCGUGGGUCACGUGGUCUAACUGCAGUACAGACUGUGGCGGUGUUGAAGUUCGACAGAGAGAGUGUUUUCCACCUCAGAACGGAGGCAGAAGCUGCGCAGAACUUCCUGGAGAAACCAACCUGACUACCGACAUCAAGCCGUGUCCUCAGGAUGGCUGCUCUAACGUCUCCUGUCCUGCGGGCCUCGUCAGACACAGCUGUGCUCCGUGCCCUUUGACCUGCGCUCACGUAUCCGGGGCGGCAACAUGUGACCUCAACUCCGGGUGUUUCACAGGCUGCUGGUGUCCUGACGGGAAGGUCAUGAAUCACGAGCAGCAGUGUGUCCGGCCGGAGGAGUGUGUGUGUGAGGUGUCUGGGGUUCGAUACUGGCCCGGUCAGCAGGUCAAAGUGGGCUGUGACGUGUGUGUGUGUGAGCGAGGACGAGCCCAGCGCUGUCACACCAACCCAGAGUGCUCAGUUCACUGUGGCUGGUCGUCCUGGUCUCAGUGGGGCGAGUGUUUGGGUCCGUGUGGAGUCCAGAGCGUCCAGUGGUCCUUCCGCAGCCCCAACAACCCCUCAAAACACGGCAACGGCCGGCAAUGCCGUGGGAUUUACCGGAAAGCUCGACGCUGUCAGACGGAGCCGUGCGGCGAGUGUGAAGAUCACGGACACACGCGUGCGGUGGGCGAGCGCUGGAAAGGCGGUCAGUGUCACAUGUGCCAGUGUUUGCCCAACCUCACGGUGCAGUGUGUCCCGUACUGCCCUUACACUGCCACUGGAUGCCCACAGGGUCAUAUUCUGACUCCAGGGGAAGAAGACGAGUGUUGCUAUUGUGCAGAAAAAGGCAACGGCAGCGCUAUCGUGACCUCUACACCCGUGACCCUGCCAGUAACCCCGGGGCCCUCCGCACCACCAGGGGGCCCCCCGACCGUCCCCACGUACCCUCUGCCUCCUGCAGAUGAGUGUUGGUCUGCUCUGGGCGUUCAGUCGCUCCCCGCCAGCAGUUUCAGCGCCUCGUCCCAUCAGCCCGGUCACCCUCCGUCGGCGGGACACCUGCACGCCCGGGACCCUCACAGCGACCUGCAGGGCUGGAGCCCGGAGCCGGAGGAGUACAGAGAGCUCCCGCCCGGGGCCCCUGAGGAGCACAGACACUCGUCCCAAGGGCCGUACCUCCAGAUAGACCUGCUCAGACACUACAACAUCACAGGUGUUUUGACGCAGGGUGGUGGUGUGUUUGACACGUUUGUUUCCAGCUUCUAUCUGCAGUUCAGCAGCGACGGUCAUCAGUGGUUCACAUAUAAAGAGCUGAUCACAGACGCCAGACCCAAAGCGAAGGUGUUUCUGGGGAACAGCGACGACCGUGGCAUAGCUUUGGCCCGUCUGGAUCGGAUGGUGUCGGCUCGCUUCAUACGAAUUCUGCCUCAUGAUUUUCAGAAUGGAAUCUAUCUGAGAGCCGAAGUCAUGGGCUGUACUGAUGAGCAUGCGUGGUCGACCCCCAUCCCGCCGCUGCGUCCCUGUAAAGAAAGCGAGUUUCAAUGCGGUAAUGGCCGCUGUGUUCCUGCUGGUCCACAAGGAGCGCUGUGUGACGGGAUCGACGACUGCGGUGACGGGACAGACGAACUCAACUGCGGAACUCCCAGCAGAGGGCCCGGGGUCUGUCUGUCGGGUCAGUUCUCCUGUCCUCCCCCGGGGGGUUGUAUUGAGGCGCAGCGCCGCUGUGAUGGACUUCCUCACUGUCCUGACGGAGCGGAUGAGAGAGACUGUAAACACACUAAUAUCACCCACGUCACCCCCACCGCUGCCCCUCUCAGGACCACCACCGAAGGAGGACCUGCUCAGAAAGGUGUCUGUUCUUCUGCUCUGGGAUUGGAGGAUGGGCGUGUCCAUUACGGUCAGCUGACCUCGUCCUCAUACAGAGAGAAUAAUCCCGCAGACGCAGGCCGGCUCAACGUCGUACCCAACGUGAUGGUGAUGGAGCCCGGGUGGAGUCCGUUACCCGGAGACCCUCACCCGUAUUUCCAGGUGGACUUCCUGGAGCCCACGUGGAUUUCGGGCGUCGUGACGCAGGGCAGCGAGCGCACGUGGGGAUACCUGACCAAAUACAGGCUGACCUUCGCCUCGCCGGACGAGCGCUUCGUCGACUUCACGGAGACCGGAGACAGAGGCUCUCUUCCGAAGAUAUUCGAGGUGAGGAUGGUCGGCCGGACGCCCGUCACGCGCUGGCUGGACAGACUGGUCCGGGCUCGGUUCCUCCGGAUCGUUCCUGUAGAGUUUCGGCACACUUUCUAUCUCCGUGUGGAGGUGCUGGGCUGUAGAGGAGAUGAGUCGGUCACCCCUACCGCCAAAGUGACCACAGCGCCGCCGGGUGUCCCAGGAUUACAGAGCGGCCCAACAGGAAGUCCUGCUCGCUAUAACUACACCACCGGACGCCCAGGACUUCACACCCGGAGUCCUCAGGACGGCAGCCCAGGAGUAGCUACACCCUUCUCCCACACGACAGGCUCCUGGGAUACGCCUACGCCCGCCGAUGACGGUUUACCCAGAAUCCUGUGCGUGGAAGGCCAGUUUUCCUGCAGGGCGUUCGGUUGCGUUGAAGCUGCCGUGGUGUGCGACGGACGCGAGGACUGUCCGGACGGAUCCGAUGAAGACCGCUGCGGCUCCGUCACACCCUCUCAGCGCCCCCUUCUUCCCAGACGCUGCUCCUCCAAACAGUUCAGCUGCCGGAGCGGCGAGUGUGUGAGUUCGGAGAAGAGAUGCGACCUGCGCAGGGACUGCGGCGACGGCUCGGACGAGAGCGACUGCUUCGACUGUAUCCUGUCUCCCUGGACGUCCUGGAGUCAGUGCAGCUCCUCGUGCGGCCUGGGGUCGCUCUUCCGCCAGAGGACCCUGCUGAGGGACGCCCGGCCCGGUGGAUCCUGCGGAGGAGCGCAGUUCGACAGCCGAGCCUGUUUCCUGCAGGCCUGUCCCGUGGACGGUCAGUGGUCGGAGUGGACGCAGUGGUCCGGCUGUGACGUCCGGUGCGGCGGAGGACUGACGGCGAGGAACAGGACCUGCUCCAACCCUCCGCUCAAAAACGGCGGGAGAGACUGCGAGGGGAUGAGCAGGCAGACGCAGGCGUGUAACACGCAGUCCUGCGGGCCGGACACACACGCACAGAGCGGCUGCUCCGGAGGAAGGAUCCUGGUGCGGGAGUCGGAUUGUUUGGCGGGAAACAUCGACCCGUGUCCCGUGACCUGCUCUGACCUCCAUUCUGAGAGAAACUGCACCUUAAACUGCACCACAGGAUGUUAUUGUCCUCCUGGACUCUUCCUGCAAGAUGGCCGCUGUGUCAAUGGCAGUAAGUGUGAGUGUUUAUGGGAGGGUUCGGUCGUCCAGCCUGGACAGGAAGUCAGUAACGGCAGCUGCAGCACGUGUGUGUGUAAAGAAGGCCGGGUCACCUGCGAUGAAUCCAGCUGUGUCGCUCGUUGUGAUUGGUCGGCCUGGUCUUCGUGGACGUCAUGUGACAGCGGCUGCGGGACAGGAGUGCAGCACCGUUACAGGUCUCCUCUGAGUCCGGUGUCGGCGCUGAAGGUGGAGCCGUGCGAAGGAGACUCUGCCGAGGCCCGGCGGUGCCACGCGGGGCCCUGCUCCGAGGGUCCCGAGGGGCUGUCCUGGAGCGAGUGGACGCUGUGGUCCGACUGCAGUAAGACGUGUUUCCGUCACGUGGACGCCGUGGGCCUGAGGCGGCGCUUCAGGAGCUGUAACCACACACGCUCCUGUGGAGGAGACGCGGAAGAACACGAGCCCUGCAACGCCAUCCACUGCCCCGUGAACGGCGGCUGGUCCUCGUGGUCGAGCUGGUCUGUGUGUUCGUCCGAGUGUGACUCAGGCGUUCAGACGAGAGAGCGCUUCUGCAGCUCUCCCCCGCCGCUCUACGGAGGCCUCGGCUGCCCCGGGCCGCACAUACAGACACGAGACUGCAACGUCCAACCCUGCUCCGGAGUGUGUCCCGAAGGCAUGAGCUUCCUGUCUAAGGCCCAGUGCUUGGCUCAGGGCGGAGCGUGUCCUCGAGUGUGUCUGGACGCCGCGGCGGAGGUGGAGUGCGCCACCGAGUGCUACGACGGCUGUUACUGUUCUCCGGGUUUCUAUCUGUUCAACAACACGUGUGUGCCUCUCCGCCGCUGCCCCUGUUACCACAAGGGAGCGCUCUACAUGCAGGGAGACCGCCUGCCCGGCGACGGCUGCAACAACUGCACGUGUGUGGACGGAGAGAUGCGGUGUGGGACAGAGCCCUGUCCCGUGGACUGUGGGUGGAGCGAGUGGACGUCCUGGAGCGCGUGCAGUCGGACGUGUGACGUGGGCAUCAGGCGCCGCUAUCGCUCAGGAACCAAUCCGGCGCCGGCGUUCGGCGGCCGCGUGUGCGAGGGAGAGCGCAUCGGACUGGACACCUGCAGCGUUACGCCUUGUUUCGGAGUGAAGGGCCCGUGGAGCCCGUGGUCCGAGUGUUCGGUCCCCUGCGGCGGAGGAUACAGGAGCAGAAGCAGAGGUCCGCUCAGGACUCACGGGACGCCUCAGCAGUUCAGCGCCUGUAACCUGCAGCCCUGCGGGAACGGAAGCGCUUGCACAGGCGGUCAGGAGCGGGUCGAGUGUGUGAGAGAGGAGCUGCUGUGCUCGGAUUUGGGGGCCGGGGUCCAGAGGAACUCCAGCUGUGUGCCGGGCUGCCAGUGUCCCGACGGGUCGGCCCUGCAGGAUGGCAAGUGUGUGUCUCUGUCUCUCUGUCGCUGUCAUGUUGAUGAAGAGCAGUACAAACCAGGAGCAACAGUCACCAAGAACUGCAACAACUGCACAUGUGAAUCAGGAAAGCUGGUGAACUGUACGAGUGAGGAGUGUGACGUGGAUGGCGGCUGGUCGUCCUGGACUCCGUGGAGUGUGUGUUCUGUGUCGUGUGGCGCCGGUCUGCAGUCGCGCUAUCGCUUCUGUUCGGAUCCGGAGCGAGCCGGGGCCGGACUGCCCUGUGCCGGACCGGACCGAGAGGACGGAGCGUGCGCUUCGACGCCCUGCAGACGAGACGGAGGCUGGAGUGACUGGUCGUCCUGGACAGACUGCAGUAAGUCGUGUGGUGGAGGAGUGAAGAGCCGCAGACGGGCCUGUGAUCGACCUUUCAGAGGAGGAGACGGAGACUACUGUGAGGGACUGGGGACCGAAGUCCUGCUGUGUAACACGGACCACUGUCCAGUGUCUUCAUGCUCACACGUACCGGGGAGUGUGUUCAGUGCCUGCGGACCCUCGUGUCCACGAUCAUGUGACGACCUCACUUACUGCGCGUGGCGCUGUGAGCCGGGUUGUUACUGCACGGAUGGUAAAGUUCUGGACUCAAACGGGACGGAGUGUGUGGAGCGGGACACCUGUCCCUGUCUGGACCUGCACACAGGACGACGGGUCCGUCCCGGAGAGACCGUCCCGACUCCAGACGCCUGCAACAACUGCACCUGUGAGGGAGGGAGACUCGCCUGCGGUGAGCAGCCCUGUCCAGUGGACGGAGGCUGGUGUCAGUGGUCUGAAUGGACGCCCUGCUCAAAGACCUGCGGGAUGGAGAGUGUGUCCCGCUACAGGAGCUGUGCCUGUCCUGAACCCAGAUCAGGAGGAGAGCCGUGUCCAGACCAGCAGGAGAAACACGCCGGACUCGGAGUCCAGAUCCAGAGACAGCCGUGUCCGUCUGUGUCCUUCUGCCCCGUCCAUGGCUCGUGGGGCUCCUGGAGCCCGUGGUCGGUGUGUGACGGUUGUGCCGGUGUGUCUGUGAGACGGAGGGAGUGUGACAGUCCUCCGGCGCGCUUCGGCGGUCUGUCCUGCCUGGGAGAGAGUCGUCAGAGCCGGGGCUGUCAUGAUAACAGCACGGUCUGCUCGGACUGCGGAGGAGGACAGGAGCGGUGGCCCUGCGGGAAGCCCUGUCCACGCUCCUGCUCCGAUCUUCACGGGGACACGGAGUGUGUGGAUUCUCCCGGAUGCAGCUGGACCUGCGGGUGUCCAGGAGACCUGCUGCUGCAGGACGGGGUGUGUGUGGACCGAGAGCUGUGCCGCUGUAAAUAUCACAACAUCAGCGCCGGAUCAGACACGGGCAACGUCUCCUGGUCGAGGCCGGACGCUUCAGAUUGGCAUCAUGUGACUCCAGGAGACACCGUCAGCAACGACUGUCAGAACUGCACCUGUGAAGCGGGUGUCCUGCAGUGUGACUCGGUUCCCGGUUGCCACGUCGACGGCGACUCCGGCCCGUGGUUCGACUGGUCAGCGUGGUCCGCCUGCACCGUCAGCUGCGGAGGAGGGUCUCAGAGCCGCGGCCGAUCCUGCCGGACGCCGCCGUGUUCGGGGAUGAGACGCCAGAGCAAGACCUGCAACACGCAAGUGUGUCUGGAGGUGGGCUGUCCCCCCGGCCGUCUCUACCGGGAGUGUGAGCGCGGCGAGGGCUGUCCGUUCAGCUGCUCUCAGGUCAGAGGUCACGAGGGCUGUUAUUCGGAGGGCUGUGAGGAGGGCUGUCACUGUCCGCUCAACACCUUCCAGCACAACGGCUCUUGUUUGUAGGAGUGCCCAUGUCUGGUGGACGCCGACUUCCUGACCUCCUUACAAAGCGUGUCAGCGACCCCUGACCUGACCCCUGACCUCCAGAACAUCACACUGGGGUCCGAGCUGAUGUCCGGAGAGGAGCUGAUGCACGAAUGCAGCUCCUGCUCGUGUGAUCAUGGACUGUGGAACUGCUCUCUGGCUCCGUGUCCCCGGGACGGAGGUCCGUCUCCUUGGGGCCCCUGGGGCCCGUGCUCACUCAGCUGCGGGGGCCUCGGUCAGAAGAGUCGCAGCAGAAGCUGUAACCGGCCCAGUCCUGCUCACGGGGGCCGAGACUGUGAAGGGCCCCUGCUGGACACGGCCUACUGCCAGACGCCCGACUGCCCGCUGGUAACAGCUCCAACAGAGGAGCCACCUUUACCAGACGAGGACGCCGGUUUCUCUGCGUGGACGGCCUGGACUCAGUGCUCCAGAAGCUGCGGCGAUCCUGCCUCUCCUGCUCUGAAGGUCCGCUCCAGGGAGUGCGUUCAGGAGCGCUGCUCCGGAGAACCCCGUCAGGAGCGGGUCUGCAACCUGCCGCAGUGUCCCGACGGCGGCGUGUGCCUGGGCCCCGACUGCGCUCACAGGGACUGCUCGUGGAUGAAGUGGGGCGAGUGGAGCUCUUGCUCUCGUUCGUGCGGCGUGGGACAGCAGCAGCGGCUCCGGACCUUCCUCGCCCCGGGCGUCAACGGGACCUGGUGUCCGGACAUCCUGGACGGCAACGUGGAAAACCGCUUCUGUAACAUACGGGCCUGCCGCGUGGACGGAGGCUGGUCUCGCUGGAGCUCUUGGUCUCGCUGUGAUAAAGCCUGCGGCGGAGGUCGCUCCAUCAGGACCCGCUCGUGCUCCAGUCCUCCACCCAAAAACGGAGGCCGCAAAUGUACAGGAGAGAAGAACCAGGUCAAAGCCUGCAACACCAAACCCUGCGACGACGAGGGCUGUCCGGCGGGGCAGGAGCUGGUGUCGUGUGUGAACGAGUGUCCUCAGCGCUGCUCGGAUCUGCAGCAGGGCAUCGAGUGUCAGAGAAACAGCGAGUGUGAGCCGGGCUGCCGCUGUCCUCGAGGUCAGCUGCAGCAGGACGGUGUGUGUGUUCAGACGUGGCAGUGUGACUGUGUGGAUGAGUCGGGUCAGAGCUGGGCCGCAGGCAGCACUCAUCAGGUGGACUGUAAUAACUGCAGCUGCGCAGACGGCCGGCUCGCCUGCUCCGAUCACAGCUGCGGCGCGGAGCAGAGCUGCACCUGGAGCUCCUGGUCCACCUGGGCCUCCUGCAGCUCCUCCUGCGGCCCGGGACAGAGGACCCGCUUCAGGUCUCUGGUUCCUGAGGGCGACGGCGCGCACUGCCAGUUCGAGGAAGUCCAGCGCAAACCGUGCGACCUCGGCGCGUGUCCUCCUCUGUGCGUCCACGAGCGGCGGGAGCUGUCUGUCGGAGACACGUGGGCACAAGGAGAAUGCAAACAAUGCACCUGCAUCCCUGAGGGAGACUACUGCCAAGAUAUAGACUGCCGAGUGGACGGUGGAUGGACGCCGUGGUCCGUGUGGUCAGACUGUCCCGUGACGUGUGGGAAAGGCAAACAGAUCCGAACCCGUGCCUGCAUCAACCCUCCUCCACGAAACAACGGCACCGACUGCACAGGACCUGAGAGAGACACCCAGGACUGUCACGCCGCUCCUUGUCUCGAUGACCUUUGCCCCUGGUCUCCGUGGUCGCCCUGCUCUCGCAGCUGCGGAGCGGGACUGAUCUCCAGACGGCGGCGGUGCGUGUGUGAGGAGACGGGAGACCACGCGUGUCCUCAGGACGUCCAGAGAGACGCGGAGGAGACGCAGCUCUGUUACAAGACGCCCUGUCCAGGCUGUCCCGUGUCGGAGUGGAGCGCGUGGAGCGACUGCUCGUGUGCGUCUCAGCAUCAGCGGAGGUUUCGCGCAGCGCUCGUGUCGUCCAGCGGGGGGCAGCACUGCUCCGAUCCGGAGAGGCAGAUCCGGUCCUGCACACCUGACACCUGCACAGAUUGCGAGAAACCCUUCCUGUUCUCUGAAUGUGGAUCUCCGUGUGAGAAACACUGUGAUCUGUUGGGUCAGACGGACUCGUGCUCGUCCAGGAACUGUACGCCCGGCUGCUUCUGUCCAGAGGGACUCGUGCAGCAGAACGGCUCGUGUGUUCGUCCGGAUCAGUGCGGCUGUGUCCAUCUCCUCCAUCAGGGCUCGGACAGACCUGUGGUCAUCACUGUCCAGCAGGGGACGCUGGUGACCGUCGGCUGCAGAACAUGUCUUUGUCAUGACGGCUCUCUGCAGUGUGAUUUACGGGAAUGUGACGUGAUGGUCAGCGAGUGGUCAGAAUGGACCUCCUGCUCUCCUUGCAUCCCGGCCCCCUCCGGCGGGAACGCUUCGGCUCGGGUGUCUCUCCAGCGGCGCUUCCGGGCCUGUCUGGACCUCGACUCGGGUCUGCCGGUCAGCGGGAGAGAGGAGGAGUGCGAUGAAGAGCUAGAGGAAGAGCGAAUCUGCCCACAGUCCGGCGUCUGCACCGAUGUGUGUGACUGGAGCUCAUGGAGCGGCUGGAGUGUGUGUAAAGAUCCCUGCAGCGGAGGAUACCGGCAGAGAGAGCGCCGACCUCUGACCUCUGACCCCGGACCCCGCUGCAGGAACCCACAGACGCAGUCUCAGAGCUGCAACACCGGCCUCUGUCCCGGUGAGCACUGCGAGGACAGGGGGCGGGUCUAUGACGGCUCCUGCGCCAAUCGGUGUCCCCGCAGCUGCGCUGACCGCUGGGACCACGUCCAGUGUCUGCAGGGCACCUGUCAUCCAGGCUGCCGCUGUCCGGACGGUGGGCUCCUGCAGGACGGAGGCUGCGUGAGGCUGGACGAGUGUCGCUGCGGGCUUCCGCUGGAGAACGGGACUCUGGAGAUCCGGCCCGGAGAGAACGUCACCGUCAGCUGCAACACCUGUGUGUGUGUAAAUGGCUCUCUGGUGUGUACGGAUCACGUGUGUCCGGUCUACGGGCCGUGGGGCGAGUGGGGUGAGUGUUCGGUGUCUUGUGGGACGGGACAGAGGACCCGGAGACGGUCCUGCACGCACGCGACCGGAGGACUGACCUGCACCGACACCGUCCAGAGUCAGAGCUGCAGGCUGCCGGCCUGUCCAGCCGGCUGUGUGCUGAGCGACUGGUCGUCCUGGACCGGCUGCAGCGCCUCGUGUGGCGGAGGAGUGUCACUGCGCAGGAAGACGGUCCUACAGGAGCCAGAGCCCGGGGGUCCGAUCUGCCCCGGACCCCUGGAACAACACGCCGCGUGCAACACCAACAGCUGCCUGCCAGAUUGUCCUUCUGGUCAGGUGUUCAGCUCGUGUCCAGGAUCCUGUCCCUAUAGCUGUGAGGAUCUGUGGCCCCAAAAUCAGUGUGUGCCGUUGAUCUGCAGUCCUGGGUGUAGAUGCCCGCCCGGAGCUGUGAUGCUGAACGGAAGCUGCGUUCCUCAAUCCCAGUGUCCUUGUUCUGUUGUCUCACUCCCGCUGACGUCCCACAACCUCACCCUGGACCUCCAGGAACAGGACGUUCCUCCAGGAACCGUCAUUCCGGACUCCUGCAACUCAUGUGUCUGUGAAGGUGGGGUCUUUACCUGCACUAACGAGUCAUGUGACGUGGACUGUGAGUGGAGCGGCUGGUCGGCGUGGAGCUCUUGCUCAGCGUCCUGUGGAUCUGGACAGCAGGUCUCCGGCCGGACGAUACGGCGCCCGCGGCGGUACGGGGGACAGGAGUGUGAGGGGCCGUCACACACAUCGCGAGUCUGCAGGGGCCCCGAAUGUGAGUGCCCAGAGGGUGAGCGUUGGCUCUGGAGUGAGUCCGGAUCAGGGCGAGCGUGUGAGAGGGGGUGUUUGGACCUGUACGGCCCUGAACCGCUAAACUGCACGGGCCCCGGGGCCACAGAGGGCUGUGUGUGCGAGGAGGGCCUCUAUCGGAGCCUGGAGGGCCGGUGUGUGAUUCCAGCGCUGUGUCAGUGUGAAGAGAAAGACGGGACGCUUCGAGAGCCGGGGUCCGAGUGGGUGGACGGCUGUCAAUCAUGUCGCUGUAUCAAUGGUCAGAAACGCUGUCAGUCAAACUGUCCUCCCCUUCACUGCUCCGAGGAUGAAGUGAAGGUGCUGGAAGCGGAGAGCUGCUGUCCUGUGUGCCGCAGACAGUUUCCAGAGGAUCCGGUUGCCGAGUGCCGUCGCUACACCGAGGUCAGGAACAUCACCAAGGGCGACUGUCGCCUGGACGACGUUGAGGUCAGCUUCUGCAGAGGGCGCUGUUUGUCCCGGACCGAUGUUAUUCUGGAGGAGCCGUAUCUCCAGGCGUUCUGCGACUGCUGCAGCUACAGGCUGGACCCGGAGAACCCCGUGCUCUUCCUCAGCCUGCGGUGCGCCAGCGGAGACGUCGAGCCCGUCGUUCUGCCCGUCAUUCACAGCUGCGAGUGCACCAGCUGCCAGGGCGGAGACCUGUCGAGACGCUGAAUGGCCACUGAUGACCGGACAGAUGCUGCGUCCUCGCGUUCGUCCGGCGUUCUUCGUGUAGAUUGUCAUUAUAUGACUGAAUCUUUUCUAUUUAAUGUUUCCUAAAGCUCUGCGAGAUCUACAUUCUGUACAGCCUUUAAAUUAUGUUAUGAUUCGUGACUUUUUUUUCAGGCUUUAAUGUUUUUAUUGGUGAUGAAAUGCUCCUCGUUACACUAGCUCUGUCGAUUAUAAGGACAAUAAUUAUUAUUGCCAAAGAAAAUCUUCUUUAAACACACUGGUUUGAUAUUUAAAACUUUAUUUUAUACGUAACUUCUUACAUCAGAUAUUUUAUUUGGGAUGUUAUUUAUUUCUAAAUGCGCUCAAUCUGUUCUGUAGACGUUUUCCAAGUAAAAA